GCCAAAGAUUGCUGUGGUUGCAGAGAUUAGGCUGCUGGAUCGAAACCUCUAUUUGGUGUUUUGAUAUAUGUCAUAUUCUGUGGUUUCUGACUUGCAGCUACAGUUACAACAGACGGAGGCUUCAGUUUCCUGUCGACUCUGCGCUUGUUUGUGUUGAAGAAAGGCUGCAUCGCGCUAAUGCAUUAGCUAACCGAAAAUACACAGUUUUAUUGUAAACGAGAGCAAUUAAAUAGCUAGACGGGCAGCUAUGGGGCAACAAACGGUCUCUUCACUUGAAUGAGGAUGGAAAGAUUUUUUCGGGCAACGCUAUCGCACAAGUUACACGUCGGAUACAUCGCACUCGGAGACAUUAUCUUCAGAGGAUAACCUGGAUAACCUUACACGAAAUGUCAUAGCGCGUAAGUAGCUAGCACUCAGCUAGCUUGGUAACGGCUGGACGAGAUGGAGAAGGACCUAAUGUUAUCAUCAGCAGCAGCCGACCAUGAGCAGCUGGAUGGAUAGCUAAAUAAAUACUUUCUCCGGAGAUGCUUUAGCCUCCUGGGUGGUGUAAUUCACUUACAUAACAGCUAGUCGCAACCGCUCUAGCUAUCACCAACUGGCUUGUAUUGACAAGCAAAUGGGAGAUUUGCCACUAAAAAUCUGUGGUUUUCAACAUCAUCAUAAGUGACAAAGGCAUCACUGCACGUUUUGAGGCUACAAAUAGACUCGCUCAAAGCGUCAGAUUCGUUAGGUUUACAAUCUGACCUGCAUUAGUGCGAUAAUUCAGCGCACAGGAAACAAGCAUCUCAUCUGUGUGUCUCUCUGACUGAAGCCGCAAAUACUCCUCCUGUCAUUUCGACAACAUGAGGAAGUUCUUUGAUUCACGUCGGGAGUUGGUCAGCUCCGGGCCUGGUUCUGGAGGAGGAGGGGGCAGCUCUGGGUCCAGUCAUGCAGGCGGAAAUUUCAUUGGGCGAACCUUCACUGUCGGACGACACCAAGUCACUGUUGAGGAGAUUAUAGCUGAAGGUGGUUUUGCAAUUGUGUUCCUUGUGCGAACAAAUCAAGGGGUGCGCUGUGCCCUGAAGAGGAUGUAUGUCAACAAUGAGCACGAUCUGCAGGUGUGCAAAUGCGAGAUUCAAAUAAUGAAAGACCUUGUCGGUCACAAGAAUAUUGUUGGUUAUCUGGACUCCAGUAUCACAGCUAUGGGAUCAAGGGAUGUAUGGGAGGUUUUCAUACUUAUGGACUACUGCAAAGGAGGGCAGGUGGUCAAUUUGAUGAAUCAGAGGCUGCAGACCGGCUUCACUGAAGCUGAGGUGCUGCAGAUCUUCUGUGACACCUGUGAUGCUGUUUCUCGCCUGCACCAGCGCAAGACACCUAUCAUCCACAGAGACCUUAAGGUGGAGAACAUCCUCCUGCACGACAAGGGUCAUUAUGUGCUGUGUGACUUUGGCAGCGCCACUAACAAGUUCCAGAGUCCGCAGACCGAAGGAGUAGCCGCCGUGGAGGAAGAGAUCAAAAAAUACACUACUCUAUCAUAUCGUGCCCCCGAAAUGGUGAACCUCUACAACAACAAGAUUAUCACCACAAAAGCAGAUAUCUGGGCACUGGGUUGUUUGCUGUACAAGUUGUGCUUCUUCACUCUGCCCUUUGGUGAAAGCCAGGUGGCCAUCUGUGAUGGCAGUUUCACCAUUCCAGAUAACUCGCGCUACUCUUACGAUCUUCACUGCCUCAUUCGGUACAUGCUGGAGCCAGACCCAGACAAAAGACCAGAUAUCUACCAGGUGUCCUACUUUGCUUUUAAACUAGCACAGCGGACCUGCCCUGUUCAGAAUGUGAAGAAUUCACCAAUUCCUUCUAAACUUCCUGAGCCAAUCAAAGCGAGUGAGGCUGCCGCAGCAAAGAAGAGCCAGACUAAGCCCAGACUGACAGAUCCAAUUCCCACCACUGAAACCUCCAUCACCCCUCGCCAGAGGCCCAAAGCAGCCCAUACCCAGCCUGCUGCUGGCAUCCUACCCAUCCAGCCUGCUGCUCUCACCCCUCGCAAGCGGGCUAAUCUCCCUGGUGGCGCAGCUCAGCCUGUGGGAGUCAGCUUAGACCUUUCUCAGCCAGCUGCAGCUCUGCAGUCACAGAAGGCGCAGACUUCAGCUCGGCCUCUCAUCCAGUCACAGAACAAUUCCAGUCCGGCUGCGGCUCCGCAGAAGCAGGCCGUGCAGCCAGCCGCAGCCUCAGGAGCAGAGACUACAGCAGCAGCAGUAUCACCAGUAACCAAGGCUGACGUCCAACCACAAGCACAGCCGGCAGUCCAGCAACAGCAACAGACCCCAUCUCCUUCCACCUCCCAGCAGGCAGCACCGACUCCAUCCAGCCCGGCCCCACCUCAGCGCCCAGCUCGACGCAAGCAGGCUAGCCAAGCUCAGCAACCGGCAGCUCAGCCUUCACCCAGCAAACCGGCCUCUGGUCAGCCUCCUGUAUCUCCUCAGCAGCAGAUAACUCAGCCCUCAGCUGCCCAGGCUCAGCCCGCCUCCACUGAGAUCAGCCAAAAAUCAGCUGAGAUGACUCCACCUGCUUCUCCAAAGACAACUGAGGAACGAGGCCACCAACGCAUCCCGAGUGACGCCGCAGCAAGUAGUGUUGCUGCAGUUCCAGUUAGUGACUCACAACAGCUGCAAGGCGCUAAUGGAGAUGCUGCCCUCAACCAAUCAGUUACAUCUCAACCCAGCACCACCCAGGCUGUUCAGCUCGGUGUUGAAGAUGCAGUCCAGGACCAAACCAAAGCUGGAUCCACAGUUCCGGCCUCCAGCGGGGCCACCAACACUCCCACACAGCCUGCGUGGAACCCGUUUGACGAUGACAACUUCUCCAACCUCACUGCUGAGGAAUUUAAAGCGGAAGACAAAAAGCCUAAUGAACCUGAGACAGCAUCUUCUGAAGAGUUGAUACCAGGCCUGCAAACCUCAACUGUAGAAAAUGAACCCCAAGAAACUGUUGAAAGACCAUCAGCCAUUCUUGACAUGGAUUCAGGAGCCUCGCUGCUGGCUGUCCCAGAUCCUUUCCGUACCCUCGAACUGUCAGAUGCACCGGAGAAGCUGAUUGAGGGACUCAAAUCUCCAGACACGUCUUCACUCAUGCUUCCUGACCUCUUGUCAUUGUCUGAUCCCUUCGGUGGCUCUGUGGAAGAAUCUGCAAAAGCCUCUCUCACUGCAGACGACUCUCUCCUGGGCUGCUCUCUGAUCUCUGGUCCGUCCGCCCCUGCUGCACCCAGCAGCGCCACCUCCUCCAUCUCCUCUGCCCCCACCCCUGCUUCCUCUGCUUUGGACGAUUUCAGUCUGUUGUCUGGAGACUCCACACAACCUAAAGCAGACUCGUCUGCAGAUCUCCUGAUCUCAGACUUUGAGCCCCAGCAAGCCAGUGGAGAAGCAGGCACGGAGGAUGAGUUUGAUCCUAUUCCCGUCACAGGCCGAAAGAACUCCCAAGUUUCAGGAGGCCACUCGCGCAGUAACAGUGGCGGCUCUGAAUCCAGCCUGCCCAGCUUGGCCCGCUCCCUGCUGCUGGUGGACCAGCUCAUCGACUUGUAGGCGGCCCUACCCCCCCCUCCUGUAGAAGCUGUAACACUGGAUUAUAGACUGGCAUAGCAUAACUGCAAUCAACACUGUUGUCAUAGCUAGCUUCCUGCACCCCCUGGCUGUCAUCUUCAUUGUAGUUCUUACCGUAGAAACGUCCUUCGCCUUUCAGUGCUUCUUCAUUCCCACCCUCUUCGCCGUAUCUACAUUAUCUCGCUUCUCUUCAUCUCUCAUCUCUCACCCUCUCACUCACUUUUUCUCUUUGUUGUAGUCUUUCCUCAUCACGUACUCUCCAUAAGUUCAAGGGUGGCCAGUACACUAACAUCAUCCUUUCUAAAGAUUAACCAUUACAUCCUUCUGUCAAUCAGGAUAUAACAUUGCUAUCCAGUUUGUAUGAACAAUAUUGCAUUAUGUCUAAUAGGAAACAAUAGAAGAUCAUUGUUGUAAUGUACAAUAGGCAUAGCUAUAAGUGGUUGUAGUUAUUAUCGUACACAAGUGAAUUUGUCGUCGUUUGCCUUUUUAAAUUCUCCUCCCCAGAUUUAUUUGCACAUUUUAAAGUAAAACCAUGAAAAAGUUAAAUGACAUUUUGUUCAAAUAAGGUCAGUUUAUUUCUUCUACAAAGGGAAACUUAUUUGAAACUUGAGUCAUGUAGCCUGAUUUGCACAGUAGCAUAAGUGUUACCUCUGUCAGCCAUGGGCUGUUGGAUGGAAUAUCUUUAACAAUUUAAAGCUGCUAUAGAUUAGCCUGAAAAAUAGAAUCAAAUUGUUUCACAAUCUGGAAACAAAGCAACAAAAUAGCCAUAACCACACAUCCUUCUUCUCUUACGGCUUCUGCAGCUCCCUCUGCAGCACAAGUACUGUACUGUUAUUGUGAUGAAGAGAAAAGCAGGACACAAAAAGUUUCCCUGAUCAAACUAAACAGUGAAGUGCCAUAAAAUAAUCUGUGAAGCAAACUGCUGACUGGAAAAGUCCUGAAAGCAUACGGUGUCCGCUAAACUCUAAAUAUAACUACAAUAGAAAAACAUCUUACAAAUGAUGUCAUCAAUCCAAGGUGAACUUAUCUUCCAGACAAAGUGUACUUUUAAAACAAGGACCUGUUCUUAUUUGCUGUUAUUUUGAGCUUAUUUUUAAUUUUAUCCUUGAGGCAAGCAAUAGGUUGCUUUUGAAUUAAAUGACAUAUCGUGGUCAUUUAACAGUGUUUAUAGCAGUGUGCCAUACCAGGAGAAAAUGCAUGAAAUCAUGAAAAUAAUUUGAAUAAUUAACAGUAAUAAGAAAUAGUAGAAAUACAGUAGCUGUUAAAUAGAGAGAGAACAUUCAGGCAGGUGAUUUUUUUGGCACUGACAGAAACAACCUAAUGUGGCAUUUUAAAAAUGAUAGAAAUGAUUUUCACUCCAUUUUUUUUUCUUUUUAGUAUCAACACAAACAUUAAUUGCGCAUCGUGCAAUCCUUCCUACAUUCCUGUCAUUUGUUUACUCCUAAUUUAUGUAAAUAGAUAUGUGGACCCCUGCAGGCUCUUAUCCAGCAUUGGUUAUUCUUUCCAUGUAUAUAUGAAGAGUCAUUGUCAUAAAGCUUUACUUGUGGAAAACAUAUUGCUUUACUUGUGA